AGUUUCCAGGUCUCCAGUGUCUCUGCCGGCCAGCUCGAGUCCUGAUUGUCCAGAACCAGCUCCAACUCUGGAAUUGGAUCACCAAGAAUCCCCUACAACCCCAGUUAGUGAGAAGACAUUGUAGCCAUGAGAGGUUUCGUGGUAGCUCUAGCACUCCUGUUCCUCACAGGAACACAGGCCCGUUACCCAUGGCAGCAUGAUGAACCCCAAAGCCCUGUUUAUCAAGCCCGGGAAGUGAUUGAAAACUACCUAAAUAAAGUGCGGGAUCUCGGCAGGGAAGCCGUCUCCCAGGUGGAGACCUCAGAUCUUGGAAAACAGCUUGAUCUGAAAAUCACUGAGAAGUUUGACACCCUCAGCUCUAAUGCAUUGGCCCUGAAGAAACAACUGAAUCCAUAUGUGGAAAAAGUCAGAGAGCACAUUUCUGCAGAGGUGGAGAAAGACAUCCCACUCAUCAAAGAAAAGAUUCGUCCCAUCCUAGAGAACUUCCAGGCAAAAUGGGCUGAAGAUGUUAAGGCUUUCAGAGAGCGGGUGCAACCUUUGGGAGAGGAGCUGAAGAAACAAACCAGAAACAACCUUGACGCCUUCUACAAGAAACUGCAACCAGUGGCUGCAGAUUUCAGAGAGAAAUUGCGUUCUGAGGUCGACUCCCUUCGAGCCAACCUGGCUCCAUACACCGAACAGGUGAGGCAGAAGGUUCUCGAGAAACUGGAAGAAGCCAAAGCUAAAGCUGGCCCUGCCGCAGAUGAAUACAGAGCUCAGGUUAACCAGCAUAUUGAUAACCUUAAGGAAAGGCUUGCUCCUCUGGCUGAGAAUCUCAAAGAGCGUCUGUUGCCCCAUGCAGAAGAAGCCAAAGCCAAAAUCACCAAGCUUUGGGAAGCUGUGAGAGCCAGGCUUAGCCAAAGCUCUUAGAGUGUUCCCAUGUAAUGACUGUGUGAUGACACGGUGUAAUACCGUGAUCCACAAUUUCCAUAGCGUUCAAAAGAGGAGGAUACAUCAUCAAGUUACUAACAUUAAAGAAAUAUAUCAAAAAGGUGUGACCUGUAAUGCAUUGUUUAUAUGAUCCAUCCUGAUUACCUUUCUCCCCAUGACUAUGUCCUCGUUCUUUCACAUCGGUCUGAGAAUAAAAUGCA